AUGACAGCGAUCUAUAUGAAACUUAUUCAGUACGCCAAUGCACGAGUAUUCAUCGAUAAAGUCUACCCAUCAAGUGAAUCGCGGACUCAGAUGCGUGCGAAUGUCGCCAAGGUCGCCUCGAGCAUUCUUAUAGGAUUCCGGUCAAUGCUCGACCAGCUCGACUGGAUGACGGCUGCCUCGAAGAAGGGCGCCUAUAGCAAGAUCGACAACCUCGUGAAAAAUAUCGGCUAUCCAGACUGGAUCACAGACGACACCCAGUUGACCGCCUACCAUCAGGAGAACUCUCGUAGCUUGCGUCGGUUCCGGAUCCAACGCCCACCAGCUGGAAAACGUCGUCGGAUUCGAUCAGGUAACACCUUUGAGAGAUCUCAAGAGUUCACUCAAGAGCUUCUGGAAAACUACUGUUUAGAAUGGUCGAAGUAG